AUGAGGUCCUUGCUCCUUCUCGCCGCCGUCGCCUUCCAAGCCGCCCUGGCCUCGCCCAUGGGCGCGCCGCUCCUCCGGGAGACCAGGGCGGCCCUCCUCUGCGGCAACUACUCCAUCAACGUCGACCAGUCGCUCUUCAUCAAGUCCAAGAGGUUCGCGCAGGAGUACCCAAGCCACGACUGUUCCUACACCUUCCACUGCACGGACUACGCCGCCUCCCUCCUGCUCAACUGCUCCCGCUUCGACCUGCAGGCCGGGGACUGCUCCAAGGACUUCAUGCACGUGUACGACCAGAACAGCGUCGACGCCAGGUACUGCGGCACGGACGGCCCGCAGAACGUGGUCACGGGCGACAACUUCCUCGGCGUCCGCUUCAAGACCAACGGCGACUCCGUCAGGAAGUCGGGCUUCUUCUGCAAGGUCAGGUGCUACCACGUCGCCGACAAGACCACCACCACGGCCGCCUCCACCACCUCCACCUCCACCACCACCACUCAAGCCCCUCCAACCACACCCACCACCACCCCCGCCCCCGCGCCCACGCCCUCCAACGCCUACAGCGGCUGCCGCUGCGGCGUGGCCAGCAGGUCCAGCCGGAUCGUGGGCGGCGCCGAAACCGAGGUCGGAGAAUACCCCUGGCAGGUGGGCCUCUACACCACCAGGCUGCAGACGCCCUACUGCGGCGGCUCCCUCGUCAACAACCUGUACGUGGUGACGGCGGCCGACUGCGUCGACGACGUGGCCGACUUCCAGAUCAUCCUGGGCGAGCACGACUACACCAAGGUGUCGCGCGUGUACGUGCGCACCCCCGACCAGGUCAGCAUCCACCCGAGCUACAAUGCGCAGACCAAGGACAACAACAUCGCCGUCGUCAGACUCAGCAGCCCCAUCAACCUCAACGCAGACAUCCCCGUCAGGCCCGUGUGCCUCCCCGACGCCUCCGCCGACUUCUCCGGCAGGACGGCCGUGGCCACGGGCUGGGGACUCAUGGCCGAGGCCGGACUCGCGUCGCCCGCCCUCCGGGAGGUCCAACUCACCGUCCUGAGCGAGGCGGACUGUCCCGCGGGCUCCUCCACCACGCUGUGCGCCGGAGAACCCGAGGGAGGGAGGGGCACCUGCAACGGCGACUUCGGAGGGCCUCUGGUGGUGGACGUGGACGGGCAGUACGUGCUCGCGGGCGUCGCCUCCCACGGCACCGGCUGCGCCCGCGCUGGCCAGCCUGCCGUCUUCACGGACGUCAGCAGCUUCCUGGACUGGAUGCUCCCCAUCAUCGAGCGCGACGGCAAGUCGUGCGGAGACAACUCGGCGACCACGACCACUUCCACACAGGCUACCACUUCCACCACACAGGCUACCACUUCUGCAACGGCGGCCGCCACCACGACGGCUGCGGCCUCUGCCACCACCACUGACCAGGCGUCCACCACCACAACCACCGUCGCGACCACGGCGCCCGCCACCGCCAACCCCACCCUGCUGUGUUCCUGCGGCAUCCCGCCGAACCCCCUGCGCGCGGCGGGGACGGACCACGUCAACAACAGCCCCUGGACGGUGGCCAUUCUGUCCAAGAGCUCCGGCCAGCAGGUCUGCAGCGGCGCCGUCAUCAACACCUACAACGUGCUCACGGCCCGCGACUGCGCCACAGGAUCCGUCGCCGACCUGCAGGUCAAGGCUAAUGCGCAGGACCUCACCAGUGAGCUGACUCGCGUCAUCAACCGCGACGUGGCCUCCGUUGCGUCCAGCGGCGACCUGGCCAUCCUCAAGCUCACCUCUCCUCUGUCCCUGACCAACUGGGACGGCAUCAAGCCAGCCUGCAUGCCGGCCUACAACCCCGACUUCACCGGCUCCCCCGCCGUGCAGACCGGCUACGGCAGGCUCUCCGCCAGCGCCGCCGACAGCGCGCAGCUCAAGAAGGUGGACGGCGCCUUCAUCUGGUGCUCGGGACUGGCGUCCGACCGCGUCUGCUUCCAGCCGUUCCAGGAGCAGGGCUUCUGCGGGGCGGACAAGGGCGGCCCCAUCGUGUCCGAGGCGAACGGCAGGCAGUACCUGGCCGGCAUCGCGCUCAAGGACAACGGCUGCACCACCACCAGCGGCAUGCUGUUCCAGGAGGCCGCGCGGGUCGCCUCCUACUACCAGUGGAUCAUGGACACCUCGCAGGACGGCCGAUUCUGCGGCCUGUAGGCUUCCUUGCACGCGCUCGCCGCAGGACGCCCUUGCGAGGCAGUAGCCACGGCCAAACACCCAUUGAUAUGAGAAACGAAAUCUGCACGAGAGACGCUGUAUAUCAACAUAGAUUCUGUGAUGUAUUGUUAAAUUAUGUAUCAUAUGUACCAAAUACAUGAAUUAAGGGCCUAAA